AUAAAUCAAAUCAACACAUGACAGAAAGUCGCUGUUGUCAAAGAAACGUAUUUUGAAUUUUGGCGCUGUAGGUGUAGCGCUGCUGCUUUUGAUCAUGUGACUGGAAUGAACCAAUGGUGGCAGGCUAAGCUGAAGCGCAGGCCAAUCAGCAGCGAGAAUGACGUAACCAGGAAGUACAUUGUUUGAAAACUAGCGGAGAAUCAAAGAAUGCAGCACAACGACAACAAAGACUCGCUAAAUGCAUAUUUUAUGUACGCGAUACGCGCAAUGUUACAAAAGAAGACCAUCGGUACGGUCUUCUGACAUGGGCUUUUAAUGCCACGUAAAAACUCCAAGACAGCGAAACCUCCGUUGCUGUUCGUGGAGCGGCCUGUACUCGGCGUUAGACUCCAGUCUGGUCCUGAGGUGCGUGCCGCCAUCCAUCCUAAGGAACAUUUCACACAAGAGGCACAAGAACGCAACAGCAGCAAGCAUCUUUACUCUUGGGUAAGCCCGCAGUUUGACACUUCAGUAGCAGCAAAACCAAGCAGGAGGAAGAGGAAGUGCCACUCAGUCACCAGCAUUCUCGACACUUGCAGCCAGCUCUCCAGGAAGAGCAGCGUGUGCAAGUUCCUGCCAUUGGCGUUCCAGUCUGGGCCACAAGGGCAGCACAAUGCUAAGCAGGCCAACGCGGCGGUCUCUGGAGGACAUCAGGAGACGCCAAAGAGAGUCGUGAGAAGAAGGAAAAACGUGAAGGAUGCUUCAGCCGUUGGAGCUUCCAUCAGCAGCAGCAGCAUCUGCACACCACCUGAUGUGGAUACUCCUAAAGUAACACGGGAAGACGGUAGUUCUUCUGCCCACUGGAUACUAGCUCAGCCCUGCACACCACCACACCAUCAAAUGCCUGAUGUUCUGGUGCCAGACACGCCGGAGCGGCACUACGGUUUGAAGGUGACAUGGAGGAGGAGAACUAAUCUGAUGUUGAUGCUCAAGGAGAGAGGUCUUCUGUCGGAAUGUGACAUGCUGAUUGGCGCACAAAUGACCUGAUGACAUAUGUAUGAAAUUAUUGUUUUGGCACAAAAUGGAGGAUUUGUGGAAAAGCCGAAGGAGAAGAAGAAUAAGUAAAACGAACAUGAGAGAACCAGGACAUACAUGUUGAGUAUUUUCCCCAGGUUUAUUAUGUAAAAUAUGUGGGGAAAAAAUGUUGAGUUUUGUACACAAAUAAUGCAUUGCAGCACGAUAAAACAGCAUAAAUGACAAUAUAA